AUGCCAGGUCUUUUCUUACCUUCGAGAACUUCUUUGGACUCGGAUAUCGCGACAGCCGACAACCGUAGAAUCGCGGCCAUCUUACACGAGGCUGAGCUAUCUCCACCACGGCGUAUCCCGGCUUUGGCCGAGCCAGAUGUUCGUGAUUUUGAGGCCUCUCUUCCAAGCAAUAUUGAUAAGGCACGGUCCUUGCUCGUCCAACAACGAACCAACGAGCCUGGCUACCGGCAACCUGACCAACAGAAACGACAUGUCUUCAGGUCAAAAAAGAGUAAAGAGGCAAAAUGCAAUACAGUCAAUUGGGUUUUCACUAAGCACGAGGUCUCAAAGGCAUUUAGUGAGCUCCUGUCUCGCGUAACGCUCCCAGCGCCAGGCAUUGCGCAGGCACUGCUGUCUCAUGCAUCAGUAGCUUCUCUGGAGGAACUAUGGUGUUACUUACACGAUCCAAAAUUGGAGAAGAGGACGGAGAGUCGCUUCAGAAAGUCCAGGUCAGCCGCGCUUCCUAAGUCGAUAUCGUCCGUGGUUCUUAAGACUGGCUCCUCUCUGGCUCUUAAGAAUAACUCCUCUUCGGUUCUUAAGACUAGAUCCCUUGUGGCGCCCGAGACAACAACUGUCACGAAUCCCGAGAUCACCUGGCUGGAAGAGGUUUGCAGCCAAGAAAACCUUGAAUACACUCGUUUGAUGUGCCAAGCCGGGUUGGGUGAAGAUGCGUUGGCACGGGCGUUCAAGAUCGCACUUUCAAAGCACUCAAUGGACGCAGUGGAGGUUCUCCUCAGCUUUGGGGCCGUUGUUUCUCCUGCUUGCCAAGAGACUAUCCGAGAGCGUGUCAAGCUUCACGACGUUGCACUUGUCAGGCUUUUGUUGUCGGCUCCGAACGCGAUGAGCGUCGAAGCCUGGCAGAGUUGCUUGGAGCUGAAAAGUGAGAGCUUGGAACCCACUUGGAUGCAAUCUCCUGAACUUCUACUACUGUGUCUCGCCCACCGCCCCGAGCUAGCUUGCAGGCAUUUGCUCCUGAAAGCACUGGAAUCGCAGAAUCUCUCGGCCACGGCGAUCACACUCGCUUAUGGGCGCUUUUCUGGUGCCUACCUCGGCGACGUUCGCAAGCUCGCAUGCCAAUUUGCGUCCCAUGUCCAGGAUGACGAGCGUAGGCACAAAUUCUUCAAGAUGCUUGUUGAAGCAGGAUUCGUGGCGGACAGUCUGGUCCUUCGCCAAGAGUUGCUGAAGGACGUGAAAACUCGUCAAUUCCCACUGGUCAAACUGUUGGCGGACGCUGGCGUCAUUGUGGACAUGGAGCCCCAUAACGCAUUCUAUUGGGCUGUUUCACACAUGGACUUUGACAUACUAGAGUUGCUCAAAAGUUGCAAGUUCUCAUCGCCCAUCUCACCGGCAUUGAAAUUCGUGCCCGAUUCAACAUCGGAGUCGGACUUGUUACGACUCGUAGAAAUUUUGGGCCCGAUAGGACUGGUUGGUGAGCCACUGGACUCGUGCUUGAUUUGUGCUGUGCGAAGGCGGCACCUUCAGCUCAUUGGCGCGAUGAUUCGCUAUGGUGCGUCGAUCGAGUUUAAACAAGCUUCCGCCAUACAGACAGCCAUGGAAAAUGCGGACCUGGAACUCCUCGGCGUCCUCCUUCGGAGUAAGUGCUCGGCAACGAUCCUAUCAGCAAUCAUUCCCACCGCAAUGGCCCUGCAAUCAAGGCCUAUCCGACUACAGGCAAUGAAAGCUCUCGUCAAGAAAGGAGUCCUGCCUCAAGAGCUCGGCGUUCCGCUGCAGAGGUUAGUGUCUGAAGAUGACGACAUAGACUCUGAACUAGUCCAGCUUCUCCUUCAGCAUGAAGCACCCGUUGAUGGAGUUGACGAUGACACCAACAAUGUUGUCUUGGUAGCUACACGGAGAGGUAACUUAUCGAUACUCAAAAUGCUAUGCGAUGCUAGACCGCGAAACGACACUUUGUCUAAGGCUGUUCCAGUGGCCUUCGGCGUGAUGGAUACUUGCGGGUAUGAUGUGGCGCUGAAUAUGAUCAAGCUAUUACUCCAAAGCGGUGCGGCUGGCCUACCAACCCAUCAGACUCUCCUGGCCGCCGCUAAGCAAGACCGACUGGAGAUUGUGCGCCUUCUGGUAGGACAUGGUGCUGACGCGAACUACUCGAGAGGGGCUUCCUUUGGCGUUGCGCUAACGACAUCAAACUUCAAAUUGCUUCAAAUACUAUGUGCAAAGUGCCCGCCUAGCCGAGCGAGCAUAAAAUCCGCGUUCUCCCUAGCUAUUGAUCCCCGGUAUUAUACCUCGGAGGCUCUGGAACUGCUGCUCAGCUCUACACCAUAUGUCAGUACUACGCUAAAUGCUUUGCCGCCUUCUGAGAAGUUGAGAGGCAAUCCUAAUAUCACCGCAAUCGUUUCGUGUCUCCUUCGACAUGGAUUGGAUGUCAAUCUUGGAAAUGGGGCUGUCCUCUCAUUCGCUAUCCGAGAAAGGAAUGUUGUUCUUCUCGAUAGAAUUCUCUCUGCGAACCCGAGCAUUACCUCUUUAAAAGCAGCUUUUCGUACCGCCAAUGACGCCCAACCUAGGAGCUUGGAACUUGAUACCAUGAGGCUUCUCUUAGAGAAGGCGAAUUCGGCUGAAAUUGGACAAUCAGAAUCGCUGUUGCAACAGGUAUACUGUGCGCUAUCUGGCGAUUUUGCAGGCCUUCGGCUCCUCCGUCGUCAUAACGCCGUAGCUACUCCAGACAUUUUCACAAGGGGAUGUCUUACAACAGCAUCCUCUACGAUAAGCCGGAACGAAAAACAAGAAAUCUUUGAAUCCCUGCUUGUCCCUAGUGCUGGAAAAUUGACACAGGACAUGUCAAAAUUACUAGCUCAUUCUGUUACGGACGUUCCAGAGUGCACGCAGCUGCCGCAACUAUUAUUGGCAUAUGGCGCCGAAGUUAAAUUCGAAACCCUCAAUGUAGCGCUGGAAACCUCUUCUUUCGAAUUGCUCCACGUGCUGCUUAGCAGUAUCAAGAGCGUCGACAGAAUAGUGAUAACGUUCAGACAGGCCAGGAAAACCACGAUGGCUUCGGAGAGGAGAUACUGGAUUUACCAACAUCUGUUGGGCAGAGGAAUUCCCAGCGAUGACGUUUCUGAGGCUCUCCUUGAUUCGUUGAAGGCUGAUGACCUUGGUGAUUUGUCUUUUCCCAAGCUACUUCUCGAAAAUGGCGCUUCCCCCGGCUACCAAAACGGCAAGCCCUUUUCCCUUGCCCUUCGCACGACUUCUCCGAAUUCCAUUUUCGCUGUGAGGCUCCUGACCCAAUACCUCGUCGACGACGCCAUGGCCACUGUUGCAUUUGACGUGGUGCGCACGGUUCCCUUCGUCAAAAACCAUGCCGGGAUGAAGAUCUAUCGCCCCCUGCUAGAAUGGAACAUUAGUAAACCGUCCAUUUGUCAAGCCCUUGUAGACAGUUUCAAGGGCGGCUGUCCCGACAUCUCCAUUUUGCGGUCGCUUCUUGCAAGGGGCGCGGAUCCGCACGAAUACAAUGGUUAUUGCUUUGCUGCGGCUGCCAAAAUGGGAGCGCUGGUAGAGUUUCAAGCUCUCAGUAAAUAUGCAAAGCUGCCGGUGGUUCUGAAAGUACUUCUGAACAAUUUCGAAGAAGAAAGGCAAAUCGUACGGUGGUUUAAGGUGUGUCUAGAGGAACAACCCCGAUUAGGGAAGAUUGAUCAGGACGAGCUGGUGUUCCAAUGCAUGAGUAAAUUCCCAGUGGGAACCACGCUCUUGAAGCUUCUCCUUGACCGAGGACUGUCUGCUUCAGCAAAAAUUGAUCACUGCCUCUGCGCUAGCUGGAAGCCUGAACCAUGCACGGCCCUGAUCUGGGCUAUUUUUCAGAAGCCUAGGAUUGAAAACGACGUCAUCCUAUUACUCCUGUCUCGAGGAUCUGCAUCACUGCCGGCGUAUUCAACGCCACUAACCAAAGUAUCUGCAGCUUUUGGCUGCCUGCUGGACAAAACGCGCCUUCCCAUCUUGAAAGAUCUACUCGAUCUGGACAGGGACCGAAUAUCAGACUACGUGAUUCCAGGAUCCUCGUUUGGUCCUCUGGCUAUGUCUCCAAGAGCAUUCAAAGGGGAUUCGGACUUUUUGAGUGACACAGACGAGAUCCCUCUGCGCGAAGCCUCCAUAUUCUUGGGCAACUUCGAAGCCUUUCGCCUUAUAACGGCUGAGAUGACGCCAAACGAUGGAACGCUUCAUCUCGCCGCGCUUCUAGCGCUGCCCAAAUUUGUCACAUGGCUCCUAAAAACCCACGACCCAAAUCACAAAGCAGAAGAGUACGACAACAUGGUACCGCUUGCCUGCGUUUGCGAAUCGAAGCCCCACUAUUGGUGCAAGAUCGCCAACGAAGAAUCGGACUGGAGAAACAGGCAGAAAGAUACGAUGCACCUUCUGGCUGGUGUAACCAGUCCUAAGUGGCGGUAUAGGAACAUGACCAUUCUCCAUUUUGCGAUGGAAAAGGGGCUUGAGACAGCCAAGGCCAUGAUUGAGGCUCUCGAUAUCCGUCACGACCCCGAGAGAGAUGAGAAAUAUCUCUACGUGGACCGCGACGGGAUCGAGUACUCGCCGCAACAAUACGCGUUGAAAAUCUGGGACGCUGACAGCAAGGAUAAGAAAACCCUCAUUGCAUGCCUUGAAGCUGCGACCUAA